AUAGUAACAAUAAUAAAAAAAAAAUUAUGAAUCCCAAUUGCAAUUUUCCAUGUCUUCCUAAAUCCCACCCCAUAAUAAUAAAUAAAUAAAUAAAUAAAAAUUGAUAAGACCAAAGAGAGCAUGAAAAUGAAAGGAAAUAAAAAGGAAAGAAGGAGGUGGGUUCCUUGCACCCAACGCAUCUACCUUAGGUUUUUGGUUCGGAACUUGGUUCGGUUGUGGACUUUCUAAGGAUAAGAACGACCUCUCUCUCUCUCUCUCUCUCUCUUAACGCCAUCAUCUACCACUCCCUACAAGAACCCAUAAUUUCCCUCACCGCCUCCAUUCUUCUUCUCAAACCUAAACCACUUAAACACACCCCACUCUCUUUCUUCAUUCAAAAAGCUUCAAUCUUUCUCAUUCCCAAUUCAAAGAAGCUGUCUUUCUCUGGUUUAGUCAAGCUGGCGAUCGAAAACCAAGACUCCACUGUUCGUGAAAUCAAGCCCAAAAGCAGAAGAAUCAUGGGUGCUGGAGGUCCUGAUGAUGAGGACAACAGAUGGCCACCAUGGUUGAAACCUCUGUUAAGAGAGAGUUUCUUUGUUCAAUGCAAGUCACAUGCUGAUUCACACAAGAGUGAAUGUAAUAUGUACUGUUUGGAUUGUAUGAACGGAGCUCUCUGUUCUCUCUGUUUAGCUUACCACAAAGACCACCGUGCUAUUCAGAUAAGGAGGUCAUCUUAUCAUGAUGUGAUAAGGGUUUCAGAGAUUCAGAAAGUGUUGGAUAUCAGUGGUGUUCAGACCUACAUUAUCAACAGUGCUAGAGUAGUGUUCUUGAAUGAGAGACCUCAGCCUAGGCCUGGAAAAGGAGUAACUAAUACCUGUGAAGUCUGUGAAAGAAGUCUCCUCGACUCUUUCAGAUUCUGCUCCCUCGGUUGUAAGGUAAUAAUAAUGCCUUAUUUCUCCUUUCUUUCUGUUUGGUUUCCGAGAAAAAUAAAAUAUUCUCAGAUUUCUUUCUAUCAAAAUCAAACCAAUCAGCUCAGACUAAAUGUCGUCAAUCUGUUUGGUUUAACCAAAUUAGUUGACUUUUCCGUCGUAUUGCGGCCACUAAUUGCUGGUUACCAAAAUGUGGGACUUUUAUCUGAAUCACUACACUUUUUCAAUACCCAUUUUCCUGCAUUUUCCCGGGAACCAAACAAGUCCGAGUCUUUUCAAUAAAAAUCAAAACUUUUAUUCUGGGUCAGCCUAAAUUUAAUAAUUUUAGAGCUUUGUGUUCUAACAAAUUUUGGUUCUUUUGUCUUUUUUUGACCAGAUCGUUGGGACCUCAAAGAAUUUCCAGAAGAAAAAGAAGCAGCAAAUGACACUAAUGGCGUCUGAUUCUGAGGAUUCAUACAGCAGUAGCAGCCAUGGUCAACGGUCAAAGGUUCAUAAUCACAAUCAUAAUCAUCAUAACAAGGUUGUUCAGAGCUUCACGCCGUCAACACCGCCUCCAACUUCCGUUAAUUACAGAACGGCCAAGCGAAGAAAGGGUAUUCCCCACCGUGCCCCAAUGGGAGGACUAAUUAUUGAAUACUAGAAGUGUCCGUAAUUUUUAGUUAAUUGCACUAUUGCCCCAUAUACGAACUUAGUUUUGCCAUAAUACCCCUUCUCCCCAAUGCCCAGAGCUUUUCUCUACGAAGGCCGGUAUUGGAUUGGAGACUCUACCCACUACUACUACUAUUAUUACUAGUAAUGUAUAUAAGACGACGCCGUUUGGGAAAGUGCAAUAGAAAAGUAAAGUUGGGAAAGGUAGGAAAUAAAGACAAAAUACCAAGGACUAAAAAGAAAAAAAAAAUAUAGCAAGUAUUGAAAAAACUCCUUUAGAGUUUAGUGUCCUAGUUUUGGAGAAAUAGAGUGAUUAUACAUAAGUUUUGAGUUUUUAAUAUAAGAAAAAAAAAAUGUAAAUAUUUUUGUUUAUUCUCUUUAUCUCUCUCUUUUCUUUUGGGGCCUUAAUAUUUUAGAGGGAUUAGGAUGAAAAAAAAAUAAUUAAUGUACUCCUUGGAAAUAGGGGAAUGUCUAUAUAUGGAAAAAAAUGUAAUAAAAAGAUUUUUAUAGUUUGUA